CACAAGUGUCAGGAAUUGAGGCUGGGAGACAACGACCUAGGAGAUUACGGAGUGAAACUGAUGUCUGCGACUCUGAGGAACCCGGACUGUAAAAUACAGAGACUGGGGCUGCACGGUGUCGGUCUCACAGAUUCUGGAGCCGAGGAUCUCGCCUCCGCUCUCAGUACAAACCCCUCACUGACGGGGCUGGAGCUGAGACAGAACUCCCUCACUGACCGAUGUGUCCCCGCUCUCCGCCGCCUCAUACUGACCCACCCGAGACUGGAGCGGAUCAAGCUGGAGAGGAAUAAGUUCAGUGCAGACGGACGGAACCAGCUGAAGAGUCUGCAGGGAAUCAGAACUGGACUGAGAGUAGACGUGUGAACAUCUCUGGUGUAAACGUCACCGCCCUGGGGACUGGAAUAUUGUUGGCCAAUUCCCCGCCCUCCCCUUUAAACGGCCGCCCUCCCUCCCCUUUAAACGGCCGCCC